AUGACUGAGCAGCCGCCUCGGGGACCGGUCGGCGAGCGGGGAGUGCGGAAGGAAGGGGGUCGGGCGUCCCUGCUGGGCCACUUAAAGGAUAAGUGGCGCGGCGUGUUUGGGUCUUCCCCUGCCGACAAGUCCAAGUCCUCCGCACAGAAACCCAGCUUGAAACAACCAGCAAGUCCAAAACAGAACGUGAAAAUGGCCGAAACCGUGCUCGUGACCGGGGCGACGGGCUUCCUUGGCUCGCACGUCGUGCUGCAGUUGCUGGAGAAGGGGUACUCCGUCCGCGCCAUUGCCCGCGGGGACAAGGCGACUCAGAUCCGCACCGCCUACGGCGAAUUUGGCGCGCGGUUCGAAGUCGUAGAGAUCGCGGACCUCGCAACGGAGCAACUGCCCGCCGAGAAAUGGACCGGCGUUUCCGCGCUGUUGCAUCUCGCAACGCCGAUGCCGGGCCGCGUUGCCGUUGAUCGGCAAAUUCAACUUGCGAUCGACGGCACGCUCAACAUCGUAGUCCAGGCAGAGAAGGCCGGCGUCAAGAAAAUCGUUGUCACCAGCUCGGUCGGCACGGCCCGCGGCAGUGACGGCGUCAGCGACAAGCAUUGGAGCCCGAUCACGAAGGAAUACGCGCUCGGGAGUGGCAACCCGAUGCUGGUCUACGUCGCCUCCAAGAAACUGGCGGAGCAGGCGCUCUGGGAGUGGGCUGACGCGCACCCGCAUGUGGAAGUCACGACCCUUAACCCGACCUUCCUUCUCGGCCCGUUCACCAAGUACUUCCCUGUGCCACGCACACCCUCCCCGCGCGACACCAACUGGUCCACCGUCGGCUUCUGGUACCAGCUGCUGUUCCCCGACGGCGCCUUCCUCGGCAUGGCCACCACCUACAUCGACGUGCGCGAUGCCGCAGCGGCACACGUGGCCGCCAUCGGCCCGAACGUGCCGGCAACCGCCACGGCGGGACGGAAGCGCAUCCUCGUCAGCGCGCCGAACGGCUGGCCAGCUACGAAGCUCGUGGAAUAUAUCGGGAAAGAGCGACCUGCGCUGAAAGACCGGCUACUCGCCCACCCGGAGGCGGUGAAGACCGAGGCAGACGUCUUGACGCUCGACUGGGCGAGGGUCGAAACAGUGCUUGGCCUGAAGAAGACAGACUUCCACACGACGGAGACGACGGUGCUCGACACGGUGGACAGCAUUACAGCGAUAGAGGACAAGUGGCGUGCCGAUGGCCAUGAAAUUGUCAAACCGUCUAUGGGUUAG